GCCUUUCCAGCCCCCCCAGGAUCACCCUCUGCACUGACACCUCCCAGCCUUCUCCCUCCCCUUUGGCAGGAAGUUAAUGCUGAGCGACCUAUACGAAUCCAGCCUCAUUUCCUAGCCACUUGCGCCAAUCCAGCCUCAUUUCCUAGCCACUUGCGCCAAUGCAGCCUCAUUUCCUAGCCACCUGCGCCAAUGCAGCCUCAUUUCCGAGCCACCUGCGCCAAUGCAGCCUCAUUUCCGAGCCACCUGCGCCAUCCCAGCCUCAUUUCCGAGCCACCUGCGCCAUCCCAGCCUCAUUUCCUGUCUCUCGGUUUUUUUCCAGCCAGUGGUGAAAUUGUUGCAUAACAGAAGUAACAACAAGUAUUCGUAUACCAGUAACUCGGACGAUAACCUGCUGAAGAACAUUGAGCUGUUUGACAAGCUGGCGCUGCGCUUCAAUGGGCGGGUCCUCUUCAUCAAGGACGUGCUCGGGGACGAGAUCUGCUGCUGGUCCUUCUAUGGGCAGGGCCGCAAAAUCGCCGAGGUCUGCUGCACCUCCAUCGUCUACGCCACCGAGAAGAAGCAGACCAAGGUGGAGUUCCCCGAGGCCCGGAUCUUCGAGGAGACCCUGAACAUUCUGAUCUACGAGACCCCACGGGUCCCCGACAAGGCGCUCCUGGAAGCGACGGGUGGGGCGGCCGGAGGAGGGGGCGGCCCGCACCGGGCUGACGAAGAGGAUGGGCGGGAGCACCGGGUCCGGCGCAUCCAUGUCCGGCGCCACAUCAUGCACGACGAGCGCCCCCACGGCCACCAAGCCAUCUUCAAGGACUGAGCCUGCGCCGCCCCCACGGCCCCGUCCAGGUGCCAAAUGGCAGGGGUGGGGCGCCCCUUCUGCCACACCCCCGCUGCCUCUCUGACCUUUUGGGGGUCUCCCUUGACCCCUCUCCACUCUUUGGGAGCUCUCUGCCUUGUGGCCUCUGACCUUUGACCUCUUCUCAGAUUUCACUUCCCUGCAGUAGAGACCUGGGUAACCCCCUGAACUGCACAGGGGAGAGGGACAUGGGAGGCGGCUCCUGGGAGACCCCUCCUGCUUCUUAAUUAAUCACCUUGGCAUCAACACCCAUGUUUAACGAGCCUAAUUCCUUUGCUUUUGUGGGUGUGUGGAAUGCCAGGUCUGUCCCCCAUCCCACUCCAUUCUGGAUAGACACCUGUGACUGUAACGCAGCCCGGCACUGCAGGUCAGGCCGGGAUCAGUCAGCCACUGCCCCCAGGGGGCAGAAGACAGCAGGGAGGCCAGUGCUGCCUUAUUAUGUGCUAUGGGGGUGCUGGCUGAGUGGGGAGCUGCCAGCUAGUACAGCCCCAGCCUCUCCUGGCGGGGGGCGCUGUGGGGUAGGAGGAGCUCCUGGCUACUCCAGCCCGGCCUUGCCCAGCAGGGGCACUAUGGGGAGUUCUGGCAGUGAGAGUUUUGCUGCCUGUCCCACCCUCCCUUCCUUCUGGGGGUGGGGGAGUGACCCCCACUUACCAGCCUCAAAACUCUCCUCUCCUUGUUACACUCAUGGUAUGUUCCAAUCCUCCAGAUUUCACACCCGUUUUCUACAAAUUACAUGGCACGACCCUAACCUUCCUCCUCUGUCCCGCCACUGUCCUUUACCACAUACAUGGAAUUUACCUUUUUCCCCCCAAAAAUACACGAUGCUCUUACCAGCAUCGGUUAAAACACAUGGUACGCGCCAACCUACUGGGCCCACUAUGCUUCCCCACAAAAUACAAUGGAAUGCACCACUCUUCUCUCCCCCGGCCAAAUACAGUGGAAUGCUCUACUCCCCUUCCAACCUUCCAAUAAAAUGUGAGGUACCAAUUCCCCUCAAUAAAAUUUUACUCAAUCACCCAAUCUAAAUUGGUACUUUCCAAUCUUCUCCCCCUACAAACUACAAUGGGAUAUUCCAACCUGCCUCCAAAUAAUACAAUGGGGUGUUCCAAGCCCCACCCCUCAAAAUAAAAUGGGACAUUCCAGUCUCCUAUUAAAUGAGAUGUUCCAAUCCCCUUCUCUUAUAAAAUAUAAUGGGAUGCUUCAGCCUGCCCCAAAGAAAAUGGGCUGUUCCAAACUUCACACCCCCAUAAAAAUACAAUGGGAUGCUCCAAUCCCCUCUCAAAUUGGUAUGGUCCAAACCUCACCCCCCCACCCCCACAGAAAAGGCAAAGGGGGAGAGGCGGGGCCCCAUUCCCCCCCUGUACUGGCCCUCACUCCGUUAUUGUCAUGUUUGUAUAAUUUAUUUUAACAGGUUUUUGCUUUUCUAUUAAAUUAUUGUAAUAAAGAUUCCUGGGAAACGUCA